ACAGGUAUCGGGGCCGGCCUGCGCGGCCUCUCCCUCCCCUCUCCCUUCCGAGCCUGUUGGAAAGACCUUUCUGGUCCACAGUAAUUCCCCAGUAAGGGCGGCUUGAAACCGCCCGCGCCGAGCGGCAGUCGCUCUUCCGCCAGCCCCCCUCCGCUGCCGGCAUCCCGGAAGUUCCCCGAUGUCAGGUGAGCUGGAAAAAGCUCGGGAUCUCUACCUGGAAGAGGCAGCUUUCCGACUGUUCUGCAAGCAGCUCGUUCUGCACUCCCAGGCUCUCGGUGAUGGAUGGGUCUGGGAAGACAUGAAGGAGUCCGAAGAUGGUUACAUGAAGAAAACUCUCCUAAAAGCUGGUCCGGUCAGCGCUCCCUCCAGGGACUGUGGCCAGAGGAGCCCCAGGGAUGAGCCAGCCGAGCUGGAGCUUGAAGCCCAGACACCUGUUGAAGAGGAGCCGGGUGAAGGCGAUACAGAAAACGCGAUCGUAAAAACGACAGAAGUAAUUCGCUACGAGUACCAUGUGGUCUACUCCUGCAGCUACCGUGUUCCAGUGCUGUACUUCAGAGCUUCCACCCUAGAGGGACGGCCGCUGGGCCUGGAGGAGAUCUGGGCUGGUGUUCACGAGCACUACCGAGAGCGUCUCAGUGGGCACUUCCUCCUGGCUCACUAUGACAUCAGUUUGCAACACCUGGCGGGGGCGGGCGCUGGCGACGCCGACAUGCCGAGGAAGUUAGUAACCGUUCACGGGCUGAGUCUUCUCGGGGAUUUGUCUGUCACAGGAAACGUCCAUCUGGUUAACCUGAAAAGCUGCACGUUGUUUUCCCAGCAGAAAAUCUCCCAUGGCGUUGUGGGCUGCGAAGAGCAUCCUCUCCUUGGGCAGGCUUUCUUUGCUCUCCAUCCCUGUAGGACGCAGGAGUUUAUGAGUCCUAUAGUAACUGCAGCUAAAGGAGAAAACAGGAGCCUGAAUUACAUCGCAGCCUGGCUGAGCGUGGUGGGGCCUGUGGUGGGUCUUUCCCUGCCGCUGAGCUACGCCACCGCGGCGUGGCCGAGCCCUGCUGCCCCAGACUGAUGCGCCCGCGCCCUGCCCCUGGCCCUGCGGUGAGCCGGGGCUCCUCCAGAGAGCUCUUUACAGCCCGGUAACUUUCCAGCAGGCGUGCAACUUCUCAGAGACUGGCGCGGGCUCGUGCGUCCCGGAGGUGGAAGAAACGAAUCUUCGCCUAAGGCGUGCACGGUUAUAACGCUCCUGGCCUCCUGCUGCCAACCUUGCAACCUCUUUAUAAUAAGGGAAGUACAGUCUCCUCUUUAGUCUUUCCCCAAGACCCACAGGCAUCUCUACCACCAGGUCUGUUUCUGAGGAAUGCUGUCCUAACCGGACCCAAGGCAACACUGCUGUCUUUGUAGCAGCCAGAGGAGCCACUGGUCUGCUCUGCCAGUUCCUGGCCUUAUCCCCCUGGGACCUCUUAAUAGCUGCAGUUAUUAGGGUGGCACAGUAUACAUAACGUUUCAUUUUUUUUUUUCACACCCCUGCCAUCGUUGACGUAGUGGUGCGACUCGAGUUGUUAGGUGGCCGUAGAGGAGGUGAAGCCGGCGGUCUGUGCUGGAAGGCAACCAACUGCGUGGGGUCUGAGCCGAAGUGAAGAGAAACGCGGACCGUUCGGUGCUCUAACAGAAGACUCAAAGAAAGUCCCGGCCCGUUUCUGAGCUCGUCCCCUCCCGUGGAGGAUGGGGGCCCUGGUGUCGGUGCCUAGCCAUUCGUAAAAAUUCCUUCUCUCAUCCAUCAGCUGACAGCGGCCUGGGAAGCGGAAUGCUCCCGUGCCACACAGCAACCCUCAGUGGCGAGAAGGGGCGAGCUCUUCUGAUUGCCUACAUCUGGAAGUGAAAUCAGAGGAGAUCACAGCACCGUUGUGGCGGACGUGACUGAACAGAUCGGGGGAGUGUGGGUGCCAAGCUCACACACGAGGGCGUGUCUCCCCCUAGUGCCGGAGGAGAAAAACACGGCUCGGGAAGAGCCUCUCCAGCCUCGACUCUUGUGACGCAAGUUGAGCCUUGCUGUUCAUCUUGAGCCGUCUUCCUUCUGGACAAGGACCCCCCAGGCUUGCGACGUAAUUAGUCCUCCUGUAGGUAAUCGGCUCUCAGAUGUGCCUGUUCCAUUCCACUUUUUUUUUUAUAGGAGAAUAAUACUACUACGAGAAGAAUGAUUAAAGUCAGACAGUUGGAAGCUGUGUGUUCAAUGUCUGUUUCUGUGGUAUUCUGUGCUCUAAUCGCCUGGAGAGCCCCAGUGCAGAUGGCUGAACCCCUGUAAAAUACUGAUCAAUUAAGAGCUCUCUGGUCUUCAAGGGAUGAAGGACACUCGGUUUAGUCCCACAUGAUCCCUGCAUUACUUAUUUUAAUGGUCAAUUAACUUCAUGUGAACGGUGAUCGAUUUGUUCCAAGCCUGUAGAAACGAGUGGUCUGUGAAGACCUGCCGACUUGGGGCUCCCCAGCAGCGCGGAAAGAGACCCCUGUUCCUGAAUGAACGCAUAAAAAGUGUGAUCAAAGCAAAAUGACUUCUGAGAAUGCUGUCAUUUUCCUGGGACGCAGCAGGCAGAAGACAAAGGUGUGUGGGUUAUCAAUGGGACCCCAAGGCCCAGCAGGGGGACCGGGCUACUCCCUGCAAGACGAUUGGCUUGGGCAUCGCCUGUUUCUGCCUUUUGGGUUUUCCUGUCCUGUUCUGGCACAUAUGGGAGAAUACUGUAAAAGGACAGAUCUGCGCAAUUAACUGAGAUGUGAAUGUCAGCUACAGCAGGGCUCCAGUAGGAGUUUUUCUGUAAAAGAAAAGCGGGGUGCUGGGUGCAGAUUCGCAGAUGGGUUUUGGGAGAAAAGGUGACCCUAUUCAACUGGCGUUUCACUUCGGUGACCACUGCUGCAAGGAUUUAUGACCGAUUGAAUUUAAAACUACCCUGUUGAGAAUUCCAGUAAAGCAAUGGAGUAGCCUUCUACCCCCAAAUGUAAAAAUAGUCACUAUAAACACAUGCUUAUAAUCCUGCAGCCGACUGGCGUUCUGUCCAGGGUGUGUCCUGCCUUGCGCCCGUUGCUUGCUGGGUGAGGGCUCCACCGUGACCCCGGAAUUGAAUAAAGAGUGUAGAAAAUGGAUGGAUGGACAUGCUUGUAAUUUUGAAUUUGGAGUACUUUUUAACAUGUGACGGUUUUUAGCUUUCCCGUCGUUUAUCUUCUCAAAUAAAAUUAAAAUCAUCUUGCGUCUGCAAUAUACAAAAUAAAACGGAUGUACCGUG